AUGUCAAAAAUACUUCUUUCAUAUUUAUUUAAAACGAAUUUAUCUGCUUUUCGUGCAGCUAUAUUAGCUAAUGAUACAAAUAGAAUUUGUCGUAUAUUGGAUAUCGAACGUAAUUAUAUCACUAAACCAUUAGAUGGUGCCGGUAAUACUGCUCUUUUAUUAGCAAUUAAAUAUGCAACACCAUUAACUGUUCAAUUAUUACUUAAACAAGGUGCACAACCAGAUCAACCAAAUUUUGUUACUCAUCAGACACCGCUGAGUUUAUUAGCAUCAAAUAUUUAUCAUGAAGACCAAGUACAUGACGCAAAACUUGCACUUGAAAUGGCAACUAUUCUAUUAGAUCAUGAUGCUUAUGUUGAUAAACCAUCAUCAUAUAAAUAUACCGAUGAAAAUGGUAAAGAAAUUGUCAUUAAAGAAACACCAUUAAUGACUGCUGUAAGAACAAAAAAUCUUUCAUUAGCAACAUUAUUUGUUGAUAGAAAAGCUAAUAUAAAUUAUAUGGAACAAGAAACUGAGAAUCGACCUAUUCAUUAUACAAUAAUUCAUGGUGAUGAAGAAAUGUUUGAUUUAUUGGAGAAUGCUGGAGCAUCAAUUCGUACAGUUGUAACAUAUGGUGAUAAUACUUUAUUACAUUGGUUUUGUAGUAAUGUUGCAAAUGAUCAACAUAGAUCCUUGUUAAAAAAAUUAAUUGAAGCAGGUUGUGAUGUUAAUGCAGAAAAUAAUCUUCAACGUACUCCAUUAAUGUCAGCAGCUAAACUUAAUAUGAUAAAUACAUGUGAAAUACUUUUAAAUUGUUAUGCUGAUACAGAGAAAAUUGACUAUCGACAUCAUCGAGCUAUUGAUUUAGCUAAAAUUGGUAGUGAAUGUUUCAAAGUUUUACAAUAUGCAACAAAUGUGAGACCAAGAUCUCAAUCAAAUCAAAAUUUAGAACGAAUAAUUUAUAAAAAACCACUUGCUCCUCAUCGUCAACUUUCUCUACGUAUUAGUGAACCAUCAAAUACUCCGAAUCUUGUUGGAUAUAAAAUAAAACGUUAUCCAUCGAAUACAAAUAAUACAGAAAAAGACGUCGGCAAUGAAAAGAAUUUUCAAUCGACACAAUCUCUCCAAGAACAAGAAAAUGAUUCGAGAUAUAAACGUAAUUGGGGACGAUUACUUCAACGAAAACAAAAAAUACGACAAACAAAACAUUCAUCUACACAAACAAUAAAUGAUCUAUCUUGA